GGAAAUAUAUCUAUAAUGCGAAUUAUUCAGGAUGCGGAUUGCUCCGGCCGCAUGCUGGCUACCGUCCUGGUCGCAUGGGUAUCGACGGCGAUGAUAGCCUCGAUAUUACUGCAAUGGGAGCACAUGUGGAUCGUUCUGGUAAUACUGACGCUGCUCUUCUUCCUGGUUUGCGGAUACACCGUCUACACCGUCAAGAGGACUCACGCGAGAAUUUUAUUCGAGCAACAAAGAGCGGCGAUUCGGACGAUCUCGGACAUUACUGCCAAUCGCGGACAGACAGGAUCGUCGGUGUUCACGGUGCGUUUGCCUCCAGAUUUACCGCCGUCUUACGCAUCCGUGGUGACAGUUCAGGGAACAACGGGACCCAAUCGGACGUCAGAGACCGUCGUUCCCGGCCAGGACAAAUUCGAGGAUCCCCCGCCGUAUUCCAUCGUAAUCGCUUCUACGAACGCGCAAGAGCGGAACGCGGAGGUCUCGAGCGAAAAUCGCGCGCCGACCGCCGCAUCCGCGAGAAAGGAUGACGCUUCCGUUUCAACUAUUUCCACCCUCAACGUCGCGUCUCACGCAUCCCCGCAUUCGAGAUGAUUUAUGAGUUGAAUCAGUCUUACGAAAGACGCGAACGGAAUCGAUACUGAAAAAUACUGUGUCAUACGAGUGACAUGCGAACAAGUGAAUUUUUUUUUUUUAUAUGAUUGCUCAUAAUCGCCCGAAUCUUUUCGCUCGUGACGAUCGUUAUCUCGAAGAUAUUAUGAGAGAAAAGAGUUUCAGCGAAGGAAAAUGACCGAAAUUCGUACGAUUGCACAAAGCGAUUUAAUUAAGUUUAUUGCGAAUGGAAAUAUUGUGACAUGUGUUUUGUUGAAAAAAAGCGCCCUUCUUGUAUCAGCGAUAUUUUUCCUUGCGCUCGUUUUGCGAGUUAGUUUUGUAAUAAAUUUUACAUACGUAAAUUAUAUGUAUAAACGUUUCUAUAAACAUUAUCAAUGUUGCAAUUAAUGGUCAAGAUACCAAUAAAGUUUGUCAUUUCGUCAAUAAAUUCAUCUAUCGCAGCUAGAUAUUUUUAACAAAAUAUACUUUUUUAAAUUA